GUAGUCGUCAUAGAUUCAAUGUUUACUAGAGCUAUCCUUCAUUGCGUCUUUCUCCAUAUCAAGCUAUAUAAGUCUGUCAAUGGUAUCGGUUCAUCGCACACUCAGCCAAUGCGACACUACCAGCUAAAACAGAAUAUUCACCGCACAAAUCACAACAACUCCCAAUCACAAGAUGGUCUCGAGUAAAGGAAAGCCAACCGACCCUGAGCUCAGAGAGCAGCUCAAGGAGGAGAUCAAGCAAGAGCCAAACAAAUCCGGCGGUGGUGAAGGUCAAUGGGCUGCAUGGAAGGCGUCCAAGCUUGCCAAAGAGUAUGAAAAGCAAGGCGGGGACUAUGAGAACGAGCCAGGAUCAAAGAACGAGCCGAAAAAGGGAGCACCGGAGCACAAGAGCGACUCUAAGAAAAAGGCUGAAACUUAAUAUGAUAGCGCAAUCAGCGGGCCGCCACGGAUAUGGAUCUUAAUGUUCAGCAUCAACAAGACUAUCAGUGAUUCCCAAUAUCACCAAGUCUCGACGGGCGGCUCAAUCCUCAGCCACGCUUGACGCACAUAGCCAAGUGUAUUCAUCAUCAUGAAAGCAUAUCAAAAUAAAACAAGCGAAGAUACCAUGGGACUGAGGUUGGUGGGUCUUCGCUUUUGGGACUCCCUCAUUCUCAACUACGAAUUAGUCUUGUGCGGUUUUCGCUCGGCUUUGGAGAGCUUAGUCAAGUAAAGGACAUUUUUCGGUAGAUUAGUGAUUUUGUUUUCUGAAAAUUACAACGGCCAGGAUCCAUACUAUUUGUGUAUGGGUGUAAGUUAUUCUUAGUUUGUUG